AAUGGCCACCCUAAUAAGACAAAUUGGGCUGUGCUAAAUAUGGAGGCCUGUCAUAAUUAUAGUCACAUUCAGCAAAUUGUGUUUGGCAAUCUACAGAUCUAUAGCUAGAGUGUUUUAUUCUUGUAACCUGCUGCUGAGCUAACUGGCUAUUAUAAGGGAGCACGUUUUUGGCCAGAGGUAGCGUUGUUGAGUGAGAGUUAUCCGUGAAUCUCAUCUAUUCUCUAUACAACCUCAAAACAAGAGAUGGCAUCGAGUAAAACUUCUCCCGAAUUCGACACCAUUGUUGAAUGCACCUCUCUUCUUGUCAAGUCUAUCAAAGACAACAUUCACACUGUAGGCACCGAGCUCUACAAUGCAAAGCUUUUGUCUGAUACUGAAUACACCACUUUAAUAUCAAUAGGUAGUCCCAGCUCAGAGUCUUUCAUUAAAGCUGUUCGCACCGUCACUGCUGUGAGAAACAAGAUCGAGAGAAACCCACUUCUAUACGACGUCUUUGUGAGCGUACUUACGAAACAAGGAGUCACGCUAAACGAUUGCGUCGAUGAAAUUGCUCGAAACUAUCACGUCAAACUAACACCUACCAUUCCACAAAUACAGGUUACGCAUUCGACUCGAUUUGUAUGCCCUUACUGUCAGAAAUGCACAGUGCAGAAGUUUCUCCCCACUGGCUGUACUACCCCGUGCAAGAAGGGAGGGGAAACGUUGCAAUUUAUGUCUCUCAAAACAUCUGGUUGCAUUGCGAAAGAUAAAUUACGCAAAGGCAAUUUGAAAUCAGAAUUCGAGGAAAUCACGUUCUUGUUUGGUGAGCUACGUCGCUUGUUAAUAAAAUCUGCCACAAAUUCGGUUCAAGAAUUGAAGAUCCUCUUGCUAACAAAGAAAGUUGAUUUGAUGAACUGUAAUUCCAUUGACGGGAUUAUUUGCAAACGUACCUCUUUCUUCAAUUACGACUUCCUGGAAAUGAUAAUAACCGAAUUUGGUUCAAAUAGUGGCAGACAACAUCUCAGAAAGUAUUUGGACAAGUUUGAUACGUAUUGCACCCGAAAUGUGAAUGAAGUUCCGUUCACGACUCUCCAUUCUCGAAGCACAGGUUCCAAUACUGUAUACCUGGCUCUGCAAUACACACACCACAGAAAUGCUGCUGUGAGCCUCAAGCAAAUCAAAUCAGUGUGCUUGCAACUAGCGAACAAGUUAAACAUUGAACCGUGGGAUCUGCAACUUGUAUCGAUUCAAGAAGACUGUGUUUUGAUACUGUCCCUUGCUAAGAGCAUUGCUGCUGAAGUGUUCCCUGUGUUUACUGCUACGUUGGACACUCUUCACUUGUCUGUCCCCUAUCGCGAUCUUCAAACGAAACUUUUUCGAGGCGAUCCAAAACAAGACUCAAGCAAAGUGUUUCUCCAUCCAUCGCCACAGGUGUCUUCAGUUAUGAGUGAGAAGUGCGAAGACAGGACAAGAACAGAAAACGGCUUCAACUCUGUGGAUACUUCUCUAGAAGAGGAUGAUUUGAUCUCAUCUCUCUCUCUUGAAGCAGGCAAUGGCCUCAGCCCCAUUGUGGAGGAGAACUCGGGUAAUGGAGCCAUGUCAGUGGAUACUAAGAGCAGAAGGUCAAAACAGAGAACAGCUUUCAAGAAAAAAGCUGAUCGCCAGGUCGCUGGGGACAGUGACUGGUGUCCAUCUUGCCUGAGGUGUGACUACUGUGAUCGAACACUGCCACCCGGACAACACUCAAUUAUACAUCAAGAGAAGCCUUACUGCAACGGUUGCUACCAGCUAUUGUUUGGACAGGAGGGUUUCAGGAAUGGAGGAGUCCUCAUGGCCUCCAAGAUUGGCCCUGAUGCCGUCAAUAAGCAGCCAGCACCAGAAACAAAUAAACUGUUGAGUAAAAUUUCCGAGUACAACAUGUACAAGCAGAAUACAGCUGAGGAACUUCAGUCAAAAGAGGUAAAUGGUCAGCUAUUUUUUGAGGGAGUGCUCAAGAUCUACUGGGGUUUGAAGAAGUCGAUUCGAUUGGCCCCCGGAAUCAUGUACGCUAAAGCCAGGAAUAACAGAGACUCCUUUCAUGACUUUGUGAGCUCGAGUAAUGGCGCUGAGCUGAACGAUGGUGAGAGGAAGAAGCUGCUCCAAUUGGUCAACGGGUGGGAUAAUGCUGGGAGUAAAAGGGAUUCUACGUACGACUUUGUGGGGAUGGACGACACAGCAUACACCGUGAUGCUGGAAGAAGCUCAAAAGGUCAGAGAAAAAAGGAAUCGUCGGGAGCUAAUGUACUCAAUGGAGCCAUCGGCUGAAGACCACGACAGAGACAGGGGAAGUACUAUCAGCAGAUCUUCCCUAACUUGUAGUCUCGAUGUAAACUGGAACUCAACAAGAAAACGAUCGGCUUCGUUUAGACGAUUGUCUCGACGGAAAAAGACUGAAAUCAGAAUGGAGACUAGGCAUCACAGGUACACACCUCCACACGGUCAGUCCACGAACUUGAGAGUGUCCAAUGCCAUCCAGACUGUUGAUGUGCUCAAAAUGCUACUAGCCAAGUUCAAGGUUGAGAAUGAUGUGUCCCAGUUCUCUCUCUGUGUGUUCUAUGACAAUGGCCGCAAAGAGUUGUGUAAGGACGAUGACUACCCACUCAAGCUACGACUCAAGUUAGGACCCUCUGAAGAUAUCGCUAAACUGUUUGUCAUUGAAACCUCAGAGGUGGAGGAGAUUCUGUCAGCAGAGGCUUCACAGUGGAUCAAGUUCACUGUGCACGAACUGGAGACAUUCUGCACCAAAUUUACCGAGGAGGAAGAAAAGGAGGAAAAGAGGAUUAGAUCAAGGUUUGGUCGCUGGAGAGGAGAGGUUAAAGAUGCACUGAAUAGUUCACAAACAGACACUUAGCACUUAGAGUACAGUUGUUGUGUAAUAAUUAUUUGUGAUAAAGGGUGCACUUUGUAGCUAUUUCAUAUAGCUCUAUUGAGAAUGGUUUGCUUAAUUCAA